GUGUACAAAUAAACUAAAUGACACGCAGUGACAUCACCCUGUUGACUGUACUGUAUUAACUCCAGGCACACACGAUAAGUUAGGAAGUGAAACUCUAAGGACUGAUUGGAAUCAGCCGAAUUGAAGUUAUAUUUGAAAGCUGCUGCCGCUGCACGUACUGCUGCAGAGUACCUCUGUUUAUUAGGACACCUGUAUUUACUUUUUAUUUGCUUCUCGGACCUGACAGCUGCACAAAGGAAGCUAAAAAAAAAAAAAAAACCAACCCUAUCUAAAUCUGCGUGUUCGAGCUCCAUCAGCAAGGAAUAGGGAGAGCACACACACACACUCACACGCGGACAGACUGUAGCAAACAUUGGUCCGACGUCAACGUCGUGUCCCUGGCCAAAAACAGUCGAGGUUGCUGUGGUUCAUGGACAGUAAGUUCUCUUCUGUGUUAACUUCCCCGCAGUGCUGAUCCCUACCCCUUCCUGUCGCACCUCGUCUAUUUCACCUUGACUCGCUAUUCGUGCCCUCUCAUCUUGCCGUUCCUUCGCUUCAACACUCCAACGUCACCUUUUUGCCAUCUGGUCCCUGAGGGAGCUGAAAUGAUGCCAGUCAUGCACACCACCGUUUCCCUUUUUAACCAGGGCUAAUCAGAGGCAUCUUCAAACACCCCUCCGCGUCACCCACACCGUGAACGGCGAGAUGGGCGACAUGGGAUGGGUGUGCCUGAGCCCAGCCGAGUUCUCCCAACUUCAGCAAUACAGUGAAUAUUCAUCAAAGAAGCUGAAAGAUGUUUUGGAGGAGUUUCAUGGAAAUGGUGUACUCUCCAAAUACAACCCAGAGCAGAAGCAAGAUGUUCUCAACCAACCUAUCGACUAUGAGGGCUUCCAGCUCUUUAUGGCCACCUACUUGGAGAAUGACAUCCCAGAGGAACUGUGCCAACAUCUCUUCACUUCUUUCAAGAGUAAGACCGGAACAAGCAGUUCCCCUGAUCUCCCACGCACUGGAGCAGCGCUGCUCGAACCCAAGUCGAUUGAUGCAGGUAUCUCAAUACAGACAGAAGUGGCCUGCGCUCCUAUAACAGGGAUGAAUGGGAAAAGUAUUCUCAGUGCUAUGGCCAGACACACUCCAGAGCACCCAGCUAGUGUGAUGCCAGGAUCAGGUGCGACCACCUCGCCAUGCUCCUCACGCUCCUCUUCACAACGCUCAGGCACGGGGGGUCACACACCUCAUCGCUCACCCAAACCCUCAGCAGGAAGCAGCUGUAAUGCUCUCACACCCUCUAGGAGUGCCAACUCCCCUCGACUCUCUCCAGAGCAAAGUCGAACAGACAAGGGGGUAUCUCUGAGGAACAGCCCAUCCCCUCAGAAAAGUUCCACCCCAUCCUCACCACAGAUCGUCUUCCUGAAAGACAUUGUGUGCUACCUCUCUCUGCUGGAGCGAGGGACUCCAGAAGACAAACUAGAGUUCAUGUUCCGGUUGUAUGACACAGAUGGCAAUGGCCUACUGGACAGCUCAGAACUGGACCGUAUCAUCAAUCAGAUGGUCCAUGUAGCAGAAUACCUGGAAUGGGACUCAACAGAGCUGAAACCGAUAUUGAAGGAGAUGAUGGAGGAAAUUGACUAUGACCAUGAUGGAACAGUCACACUAGAAGAGUGGAUCAGAGGGGGAAUGACUACUAUUCCCUUGUUGGUACUGCUGGGUAUGGAGACGAAUGUACAAGAAGAUGGACAGCAUGUAUGGAGACUGAAGCACUUCAACAAGCCAGCAUACUGCAACUUCUGUCACACUAUGCUGUUAGGAGUGCGCAAACAAGGCCUUUGCUGUGCACUAUGCAAGUACACAGUCCAUGAGCGCUGUGUGUCCAAAGACAUUGCUGCUUGCAUCAGCACCUAUGCCAAGUCCCGCAGACACACCAAUGCUAUGCAGCAUGUAUGGAUGGAGGGUAAUUCUCCAACGAAGUGUGAUCGAUGUCACCGCAGUAUUAAGUAUUACCAAGGCCUUACUGGUCUUCAUUGUGUUUGGUGUCAAAUAACUCUCCAUAAUAAGUGUGCAUCUCAUGUGAAGCCAGAUUGUGAUGGUGGAGCACUAAAAGACCAUACACUCUUGCCAUCUUACAUCUGCCCUGUCGUACUGGAUCGUCACUCAGUAGUAAAAAGGGGAGAAGGUGAGUCAUCCCCCAGCACAAGCCCUGAUGACUCCAACCAGUGCUUUAAGUUCACUGGAGAUGGUCAAGCGCUUCAGAUCACCCCUCUUCCAGGAACACAUCCUCUACUUGUGCUGGUUAAUCCGAAGAGUGGUGGUCGACAAGGCGAGAGGGUAUUACGGAAGUUUCAGUAUCUGCUUAACCCCAGACAGGUUUAUAGUCUAGAUCGUGGAGGACCGAUGGUAGGUUUAAACUUUUUUCGUGAUGUGCCUGACUUCAGAGUACUGGCCUGUGGAGGUGAUGGAACAGUGGGUUGGAUCUUGGAUUGCAUUGAUAAGGCUAAUUUUGCCCGCCACCCUCCUGUCGCCAUCCUACCGCUAGGUACUGGGAAUGACCUGGCACGCUGCCUACGCUGGGGUGGAGGCUAUGAGGGAGGAAAUCUGCUCAAGUUCCUCAGGGACAUUGAGCACAGUAGUGAGGUGGUGCUGGAUCGCUGGAACAUUGACAUUUCCCCUGAUGACAAGGAGGAAAAGGGAGACCCUGUGCCAUACAGCAUAGUCAAUAACUACUUCUCCAUUGGAGUGGAUGCAUCAAUAGCUCACCGAUUCCACUUGAUGAGAGAAAAACAUCCUGAAAAGUUCAACAGCAGGAUGAAAAAUAAGCUCUGGUACUUUGAAUUUGGCACCACGGAGACCAUUUCGGCCACAUGCAAGAAGCUAAAUGAGAGUGUAGAAGUGGAGUGUGAUGGCAUCAUCCUGGACCUCAGCAGCACGUCUCUGGAAGGGAUUGCUGUGCUCAAUAUUCCCAGCAUGCAUGGUGGUUCUAACUUGUGGGGGGAGACCAAAAAGAGACGCAACUACAACCGAAUGAGUAAGAAACUUCCGGAAAGAAUGUGUGUCAGCACCGUCACUGAUGCCAAGGAGCUUAAAUUCUGUGUGCAAGAUCUAAGUGACCAGCUGCUUGAGGUGGUGGGCUUAGAAGGGGCUAUAGAAAUGGGCCAGAUUUACACAGGCCUCAAGAGUGCUGGUCGACGCCUCGCCCAGUGUGCCAGUGUCACCAUCAGAACAUCCAGACUUCUGCCUAUGCAGAUUGAUGGGGAGCCAUGGAUGCAGCCUCCAUGCACGAUACGAAUUACACACAAGAAUCAGGUGCCCAUGCUGAUGGGUCCUCCACAGAAAACCCCCUUCUUCUUCUUCAAGAAGCGCAACAGAAGUCGGGACUAGUCUCACGCACAUAUCUUCACUAAUCUCAGUCACUGUAUCUGCUCUGCUGGGGUGGUGAAGAUGGACACCUGAGAGGAAAAUUUGGCCAAUUCUUUGGUGAUGGACAAAAAAAUAAACUUAUACCUUUAUCUUACGUGGACAAAUGACUUUGAUGCCUGUAGUCGCCUAACAAUUCAGUGACUAAAGAAGCCAGCCCAGCAUCUUGACCAAUUCCUGUGUGUUUGAAUCUCUGAUAUUCCUAUAGUGGGCUGUAUAGGCUGUAAAUUUUUUAUCACUUCUGACAAAGCCAGGACCACCAGACCACUGAUUUUUUUGUAUCAUACUGCGUUUUGUCACUUCCUGUGAGUGAGUUCAUUAGACAAUGCUGACUUGCAGUGAGAGAAAGGAAGGGAUAUAUGAAGAAUAAACUAAGGUGCUCAGGAACAUCUUCAAAAAGAGUGCUACAGCUAGAGAUAAGGCCAGGGAUGACAGCUUGACAUAUUCACCCUGUUAUGAAAGUUAGAGUUGGCAAGGCACAGCAAACUGUCAUUCUGAAGGAGUCUGCUGAAUUAUAUAUCAGUUCAUGGAAAGUGAUCACUCAAACACCUCUUUUCAGACAAGCCCUACAACAUACCACUACUUAAAAAGAUAAAACAAUUAGCUCAUAUUUUAUGCAGUGUGUAGUUUAAGAGCUAUGGGCUGUUGAGAAGAAGAAGACCCUAUCAUUUGCUUUUAGGCUAUCUGGUGUCCACCUUCAGAUCACUGAUAUCCACACUGAUAACCAUUUUUAAUUUUGUAAAAUAAUAUAGUGAUUUCCUCGUCUCAAUUUUACAAUAGUCUGGAUAAGCCCUUUAGGUUAAGUAAAAAGUGUCAGAAAUAAAUCUCUCAGGCCAUGUCUGCUAUAAUAAGUAGACCACAAAGGGUUAAAACCAGCUCUAUGGUCUUUCAUGGGGUCUGAUUGACCAUAACCCCAAAUAUAUCACCCUAUUUCAGGCACUAUCUUUCCCAUGAAACACUAUCCCUUAGUACAUCAUGAAACCAUCAGCUCAUAAUUUCUUGUCUAAUGACAGGGGUGCUAAAACACCUAAAUCAUUCAUGUAGGAAAACAAAUCUGUGUUACUGUUAAUGUCCAAGCUUAGACGAUAUUCAUGUUCUGAUGCCUGGACACCAUAUAUGCUGUGAAGUAAACUUUUUAAAACUUAGUUGAUGGAAAUGAUGUCAGCUUUAGACUGAAAAUGCCUACCAUAAUGUAUAUGAAUACACAGUAGUUGCAUAUUCUGAGAACCAUGUGUGCAUAUAUGAAUGUGUUUAAUAUACAGUAACUUGUAGAGUAAUGUAAUAUAGCUUUAGAGACUAGUAGUGUUACCUUACAGGUGACAUUAAUGACUGACAUGUUGUUCCUGAUAUAGAUAUGCACUCUAUGAUAGUUACACACACACACACACACACACACACAUAUAUAUAUAUAUAUAUAUAUAUAUAUAUAUAUAUAUAUAUAUAUAUAUAUAUAUAUACACACACAGUAUAUAUUGGCACUGUAUAGAACUGUUGGUCCAAAAAGUUAAAUUACUACUUGCUUUCCAUUUUAGAUUUGAGAUUAGAUAAUUACUUUUUUAGUCUGAGAUGAUUUGACUUCAAGUUUGACAUUUUUAUGGUAGUUUUAGAUCAGCACUGAUUGUACAGCUGAUGUUCUCAAAUAACAAUUCUCCAAACAGGCAGACUACUCUGCCUCUCUUUCCCUUUAAUGAACACCAAAUCAAAGGUACAGUAUCAAGGUCCUACAAAGCGCAAAUCUGUCAAGAUAACCACAGGAUAUCUAUUUGGUAUUUUUAAUCAGCAAAGCUCAUUCCAAUUAAAAGUAAUAGUGAAUUUCACUAGGACCCAAUUGUCUCCUGUGGUCAUCAGACAGUUGUCUUUUAUGGUCCUUUGGUGCUUAAAGAAUGUUGGUUUGGUUAUGAGUGCAUGUUUACAAUUUCUUUUCAUUUUACAAUUUAGAAUGAUAUUUGUUCUAUAGCUAACAAGACACCACUGCAUGCCUACUGAAGCAAAGAAGACAACAAUGUCUGCUCGGAGAAAUGUUGAUUGUCACAAAAGUCUGCUACCUUCUCAUGAUUAUAUUCCUAGACCUUUUCUACUUUUGCUGAAUGGUUGUAGCCUACUCACAUUACUCAUUGUGUUUUCCCAUAAUAUGUUUAAAACAUGUUCAUGUUCUUUGUUACAAUUUCAGUAGAGAACUGACUGGCGCCCAGAUAAUGUAAACGGAACAUUCUGCCUAUUGUGCUCUUCAUUAUUUAUGUUGAUAAACAGUAAAUAAGUAAUGGUCAAAACAGGAAACACAAAAUAAUACUUUACCUGGCAUAGAUCAUGUACAACACAAACUGAAAAUGUGACCAAAAAGACGAUUAUUAAGAACAUCACCCUAUUAUUAAGAGCAUCACCCACUGUGUUUGUGUGUUGGUAACACAAAUGUAUUUAGUCUACUAUUAUUCUUACAUGUAACACUGUGAUAUAUUCUAACAAAAAUAUGCGACUUCUUGUCUAAACACCUUACACAUACAUUAGGAACUGAAUAUUCUGAGGAAACCCAAUCUCAGAACACGCAUUUUGUUUUAACAGAAACAGGAGGUAUUGUUAAAUUGCCUAGUAUCCUUAAUGUAUUGUUCCUUUACUCUGGAUUUGGCCUUGUUCGUAGGUCUGGCAAGUUCCAAAUGCACACAUAUCUAUAAUUGGGACAGAAAAGCAGUAUUAAAUGACACAAAUGCAGUA